GAAUGACUCAUUGCCACCAUGGUCAUUUUGACGUUCAACCCAGUCCAGGACGCUCGACCGACUCUCUAGCCAUCAUGAUCAUCCGCUCAAAGAUGUAUCUCGACACACUGUUCACCAUGUCUCUCCUCGCCAUCCCUACCUUCGCCUUUGACUGCCAGUUCACAUCAUCCUCCAUAAAGUAUGAUUUGAUCCCCCUCGGAGCUCUCAGGACAGCUAGCAAAGAUACACCGACACAACCUACGACUUCGAAAGCACAAGCCUCGAUGAGUCUCUGCUCUGAGCUAGAAUGGCAGGACGGCAUUGCGGAUGAAGAUCAGUGUCCUGAACAUACUAUCGUGUGUCUAACACUGGUCAAUCAUAAAGAGAGCGCGGAUCCCAAAGAGAGAGUCACAGCUGUGGUGCCUAUAUGGAAGACGGAUACGUCAAAUGAUAGGAUAUGGACAGAGCCGUUGGGGAGAAAUGGUCAAGAUGGGGUGAGAAUAUCCGUACAGGGGAACGACUAUUCUGGAACGAGUCAACACCUCAAUCUCACGCUGUUAUGCGAUGACUCGGCCACGGAUCCGAAUCCAACGUUCAUCUCUUACUCCGGAGGCUACCUAUCCCUCGAAUGGGCCACUCCAGACGCUUGCCCUAGAUCGGGAGAUACCUAUGACGAUGGAGGUGAAGAUAGCGGUGGGAUCUCAUUGUGGACCUUGAUCAAGACGUUGUUCUGGCUGCUCAUUAUUGGACUCAUCAUAUACUUUGCCGUCGGCAUAUUCUACAAUCACCAGCAAUAUUCUGCCAAAGGCUGGGACCUUUUACCGCACCGAGACUUUUGGAGGAGCGCUCCGGACAUCUUACGAGAUCUAUUCUCCCAUCUCUUUGCAAAUGUGAGAGGUGGUGGUGGAGGGAGCAGGGGUGGGUACAACAGUUU